AAAAUGGACGAGUUACGACUUCGCAUCAUCCACAGCAAGAGACUUAUGGACUGUAAUGUCAUGAUCUUCAUGGAAACAUGGCUAAAGAACAGAGUACUGGACGAUGCUAUCAAGCUAGCCGGUCGCCACACACUCCGGGCAGACAGAACAGCAGAGGACUCCGGUAAGACCAGAGGAGGAGGGCUGUGCAUCUAUAUUAACAAAGCUUGGUGUACAGACUCUGUCAUUGUUGGGAGACACUGCUCAGCUAACAUUGAGUUUCUCAUGGUUAAAUGUAGACCUUUCUAUCAGCCAAGGGAGCUCAGCUCCACUAUUGUAACUGCAGCCUACAUCCCCCCGGAUGCCGAUGCAAAAACUGCUAUGAAGGAACUUUACACAGCUAUCAGUAAACAACAGACUGCUCACCCGGAGGCUGCAUUUAUAGUUGCAGGUGAUUUGAAUCACUCAAACUUAAAGACAGUGCUCCCUAAAUUUCACCAGCAUGUUUCCUGCAAUACAAGAGGAAACAAAACUCUGGAUCAUUCAGACCACCUUUCUUUGUUCCUCAUCCCCAAGUACUCCCCACUCAUCCAACGUGUGAAGCCAUCAAUGACAACGAUUAAAGUGUGGCCAGUGGGGACAGACUCUGUACUUCAGGACAAGUUCCAUCACACAGACUGGAGUAUGUUUGCUUCUCAGGCUACCUGGGGCUCUCACACAGACAUUGACACCUACACCUCUUCUGUGCUGGAUUAUAUCAAUACCACCAUCGACAGUGUUACAACAUGGAAGCAGAUCACCACGAACCCAAAUCAGAAGCCAUGGAUGAACAAGGAGGUGCGUCUCCUGCUGAAGGCCCGCAACACCGCCUUCAGAUCAGAUGACGCAAUGGCCUACAGCGUAUCCAGGGCAAACCUGAGGAGGGGCAUCAUCAAGGCCAAGCACUGCUACAAGCUGAAGGUAGAGGAACACUUCUCCAACUCCGACCCCAGACGCAUGUGGCAGGGCAUCCAGGCCAUCAGUGAUUAUAAACCCAGCAACUCCACCCCGAUAACCACAGAUGUCUCCUUCCUGAACGAGCUAAAUCACUUUUAUGCUCGUUUCGAUAGAGACAACAGGGAGACGCAGACCACGACCAGACCUCCUGCAGACAACCAGCCCCCCUCACUCACCUCCACAGACGUCCACGCUGCACUGAGCCGGAUCAACGCUCGAAAGGCUGCUGGUCCAGACUGCACCCCCGGGCGCGUGCUUAGAGCAUGUGCGGAGCAGCUCACUGGGGUUUUUACGGACAUCUUCAACCUGUCCCUCGCCCAAGCAGCUGUGCCAGCAUGCUUCAAAGCCACCUCCAUUGUCUCAGUGCCAAAACACUCCAGCCCGACAGGCCUGAAUGACUACCGCCCUGUAGCACUCACACCCAUCAUAAUGAAGUGCUUUGAGUGA